AAAAAUCAAAACAAUCAGUGCCCCUUGAGAUAAAAAGGUCCCCGAAUCACCUGCAAAAUCCACAGAAAUCCGCUUUGUUCAAUUAUGGAGCACUCUUCGUUCAUGGGACAAGAUGAGGGUGUCAUGAACACGAAUGACGACGCGUCAGAAUGCAAAAAAUCCGCCGUUUUCCGUGGCUACUAUCGCGACGAGUACAUCAGUUAUUUCGUGAAAAAUCCGGAUCGGAAGGCGCCCGAAAUCAACAGAGGCUAUUAUGCGCGCGUCAAAGGUGUCGAAAUGUGCAUCGAGCGUUUCCUGAAGAAAACUGGAGACAAGUGUCAAUUUAUUAACUUGGGAUGCGGCUUCGACACACUUUUCUUCCGAUUGAGGGAUGCUGGACAUGCCAUACAGAAUUUCGUAGAAGUAGAUUUCCCAUCGGUCACCUCACGAAAGUGCUAUCAGAUAAAACGGAACAAAUCCUUGUUGGAAAAAAUUCACAGUGAAGAUGACGAAGUUCGCUUAUCGUCGACAGAUUUGCAUGCGGGCAACUACCACAUUGUCGGCGUCGACUUGCGAAACAUCGACGAGCUCGCCAACAAGUUGCAACAAUCCGAAAUUGACUUUGCUGUGCCAACAAUUUUCCUCGCCGAAUGCGUGCUCGUGUACAUUGAACCACAAAAUUCUUCCAACCUGCUCACGUGGAUCGCCUCGAACUUCAAGUCUGCCGUUUUCGUCAACUACGAACAAGUUAACAUGAACGAUCGCUUCGGCGAAGUAAUGUUGCAAAAUUUACGGAGUCGCGGAUGCAGUUUGGCGGGCGUCGAGGCAUGUCUGACGCUCGAUACGCAAGUUGCGCGCUUCCUCAGCUCAAAUUGGACCGGCGCACGGGCCUGGGACAUGGUAAAAGUCUACAAUAGCAUACCGGCGCAAGAACGACAGCGAAUUGAGAAACUCGAGAUGCUCGAUGAGGGAGAAUUGCUGGUGCAGCUCUUCCAGCAUUACUGUAUUGCCAUCGCUUGGCUCGGCGAACUCUUUCAGGAUGUCGAUGAAUGCUUCAAAAUCGUUGAACGAAGACUAUCAUCGAUUAAAUUAAAUGCACCGAACUAAAAAAAAAUGAAAAAAUGUGCCAGCCAGCCAAUUAAUGAUGAAAAAAUAGUCAUUUUAUCAGUAAAAAUAUAAAAAUAUCGAUAAUCUUCAAUUUUAAAAAGGUUGUUAAAUGUACUUAUAAAGCUUCGGUUUUCACUUUGUUCGCACAUAACGAAGUCCUGUGCGAAAAACGUGCUUUUAAGAUGAUUUUUGUCAAUUUUUUUCCUUUCGUUCCUAAUAUCUUCUAGUUAAACACAUCAUGAGUCGCUAAAAAUGACAAAAAGAAAGCAAAAAAAAAAAUAUUUAAUGUAAACUCUUGUGAUUGAAAAAAAAAACAAAAAAAAAUUAACUUAUAAAAAAAAAUACCAAAUUGUAAUUAAAAUAAAAAUAAAUAAAAGUAUUUUGAUUGUAGUGUUAGAUGGAUUCAAAUAGAUGUAGCGAAAAGUGACAAG